CUUGCCUAUAUAUCGAUCUUUAAAUCUUUAAUCCUUUAAUUCUGCAUUUAACCAUAACUCGUUUUCUUUAUCGAGGAUGUUGGGAAAAAAAGAGAAUGGUUUCAGCACAUUAAAUGAAGAAAUAAUUGAGGAAUUUGAGUCGUUGACAAAGGAUGCCGGGAAAGUACAAGAGGAGAUUCUAAAGAGGAUCCUUCAAGAGAACAAAGAGACUGAUUAUCUGCGACAGAAAUGCGGUCUUAACGGAAGAACAGACCUCGAGAGCUUCAAGGCGUGUGUCCCUCUUGUCGUCCACAAAGAUUUGGAGCCUUACAUUCAGCGGAUUGCUGAUCAUGGUUCCUCUCAUAUCCUCACCGCCAAACCCGUUAUUGCCUUGUCUUUGAGCUCUGGAACAACACAGGGGAAGCAAAAGUUUGUACCAUUCACUGAUGACAUGUUUCAUUGUGCAUUGUUCAUAUUUAAAGCCUCCUUUGCUUAUAGAAACAGAGAAUUCCCAAUUGGAAAUGGAAAAGUUUUGCAAUUCUUAUACAGUAGCAAGCAGCUGAAGAGCACCAAGAGUGGGUUACCAGCUUCCCCAAUAUCAGCUCAUGUGGUCAAUAACCCACAGUACAGCCAAAUGUUACAGGGAAUGAAGGCUCCCAGUUGCAGCCCAAGUGAAGUGAUCUACAGCCCUGAUUUUCACCAGUCAUUAUACUGUCACCUUCUUUGCGGACUCAUUUUUCGUGACCAAAUCCAUUUCAUAACCUCUGUGUUCGCUCACGGCAUUGUUCUUGCCUUUCGAACCCUCGAACAAGUGUGGGAAGAGCUGUGCACCGACAUCCGGGAAGGCGUUCUUUCGAGCAGUGUCACGAUCCCCUCUAUUCGGGAUGCCAUUUCAUCGAAGGUCCUCGUCGCGCCCGACCCUAAGUUGGCGGGCACGAUCUAUGAGAAGUGCAAGGCAUUGAUGGAGAAUGGGUGGUAUGGACUGAUCCCAGAGCUGUUUCCUAAUGCAAAGUACAUUAGUUCAAUCUUCACUGGGACCAUGCAGCCUUAUGUGAAGAAGUUGAGGCAUUAUGGAGGGGAGUUGCCUUUGAUGAGCUCAGAUUAUGGGGCUUCUGAAGGGUGGGUUGGGUUUAAUGUGCACCCUAAAGAUCCACCAGAGGUUGCUACCUUUGCAGUAGCCCCAAAUGUAGGGUACUUUGAAUUUAUUCCUUUGAAGGAUGGUUUGGAGUUGGAACCUGUUGGUCUGACCCAAGUCAAAGUUGGAGAUGAGUAUGAAAUUGUUCUCACAAAUGGCACAGGAAUGUAUCGGUAUCGCCUGGGAGAUAUAGUGAAGGUGAAAGGCUUCCAUAACUGCACCCCACUGCUCCAAUUCGUUGGCAGGAAAAGUCUUAUCCUCAAUAUCGACAUUGACAAGAACACAGAGGAAGAUCUCAUACUCUCUGUGGAAACAGCUGCAAAAAUCUUAAGCAGCAACCCAUCAUCCAAGAUUGAGUUACUUGACUUCACAAGCCAUGUCAACACAUCACCAUAUCCAGGCCAUUACAUUAUCAUCUGGGAAUUGAGUGGGGAGGCAAUUGAUCAUCAAGUUCUGCAAGAAUGCUGCAACUGCUUGGACCUUUCUUUUGCAGAUGCUGGGUAUAAUGUCUCUAGAAGGGUCAAGACCAUUGGUCCGCUGGAGCUUCGGGUGGUGAGGAAAGGGACAUUCAACAAGGUUCUGAAUCACUUUGUAGGUCUGGGAGCUACUCCAAACCAGUUCAAGGCUCCAAAGUAUAUCCCAGAAACUAAUGAGGCGGUUAUUGAGAUAUUAAGAGACAAUGUGGCUAUGACUUUCUUUAGUACCGAAUAUCCUUGAAGUUGUAAUAGCCAGUGUCCGUGCUUGACUCGAAAUAAAACACAAAACAUGGGAGUACUACCUUUUUGUGGGACAUAAGUUUUAAAGUUUACUAUUCCUAUAGUCAAAUGAGCAUAAUCUAUUCUUAAUA